GGGACAGCACUGACGCCGAGAGGCCAGCGGGGGACGGCAUGGACCCCGAGGGGCCGGCGGGAGGGGCGCCCCGGGUCGAGGCUGAGCCCCAGGACGGAGGGGACAGCAGCCCUCCGCCCCAGGCCGAGGCGGUCGAUGUCGCAGCCUCUGAGAGCGGUGGGCACAGCCCCAGGGAACUAGCGGUGGGCGCUGCAGUGGAAGCGGCGAAGGAGAAGGGGCCCUUGGGGACAGAGGGGUCCGAAGAAGAGGCCCCUGGGAACACGAGCCCAGACGCUGGCGAGGACGGGGCCGCAGAUCGGCCCCAGGAGAAGACCGAGGAGGAGGAAGAGGAGAGGCCAGAGCCGCGCCCGGAGGGGCCGAGCGAGGAAGCGGCAGCCGGGGGCGAGGGGGAGCCUCCCCACAGCAGCCCCGACGGGCAGGCGGCCGCGGAGCCCCGGGCCGAGCUCAGCAACCACCUGGCCGAGGAGGGCAGCGCCGAGGGAGGCGACGAGUCGGAACGAGAGAACAGCCGCGGGGAGGACAGGGAGGCGUCCCCGGAGCACGACAUCACCCUCUUCGUCAAGGCUGGGUAUGACGGUGAGAGUAUCGGAAAUUGCCCAUUUUCUCAGCGCCUCUUCAUGAUUCUCUGGCUCAAAGGUGUUAUAUUUAAUGUGACAACGGUGGACCUAAGAAGGAAACCCGCAGACCUGCAGAACCUGGCUCCCGGAACAAACCCUCCUUUUAUGACUUUUGAUGGUGAAGUCAAGACGGAUGUGAACAAGAUCGAGGAGUUCUUAGAGGAGAAAUUAGCUCCCCCGAGGUACCCUAAGCUGGGGACCCAACAUCCCGAAUCUAACUCAGCAGGAAAUGAUGUGUUUGCCAAAUUUUCAGCAUUUAUAAAAAACACCAAGAAGGAUGCAAACGAGCUUUAUGAAAAGAACCUGUUAAGGGCCCUGAAGAAGCUGGAUGAUUACUUGAAUAGCCCUCUGCCCGACGAGAUAGACGCCGACAGCACCGAGGACGUCUCUGUUUCCGCGAGGAAGUACCUGGACGGAGAUGAGCUCACGCUGGCCGACUGCAACCUCCUGCCCAAGCUCCACAUCAUUAAGAUUGUGGCCAAGAAAUACAGAGAUUUCGAAUUUCCUUCCGAAAUGACUGGCAUCGGGCGAUACUUGAAUAAUGCUUACGCUAGAGAUGAGUUCACAAACACAUGUCCAGCUGACCAGGAGAUCGAACACGCAUAUUCAGAUGUUGCCAAAAGAAUGAAGUGAA